UUUAUUCUGAAGGGUGAAAUCGAUGACAUUCAAGUUCCGCUAACUUGACACAGUCAAAAUAAGUUUCAGUCGACGUUUUCACCGAAAUAGCAAAAGGUUUGUGUUGGAGUUGGACUAUUCAAUACGUACUCUUGACCAAGGUUCCAAAUCAGAGCCUCCCAAGACACUCGCUCCUGAUCAACCGGCAGGCUGACCGCUUCCAUGGCCAGCAAUGAUUCACAGCAGCAGUGCUGUUAAGGCUGUCAACUGACAAACUGUCUUUGUCGUUAGUUUAAACACAUCUGUUCCCAACAGACACACAAGGUCCUCCUCUUCAACCAUCAAUCUUGCAAACACCAUGUCCCAUCAUCUGUACAACACCAAUGCCUUUGGGAACCAAAGGUCCACCCAGGAGCAGUACAGAUUUUCAAGGCUAGAGGUGGAUGAGGACCCUCAAAGACCACCUUAUCUCACUGAAUCUAGUUCUCGCCUUGACUUUUCUAGAGGUUCUGUAAGGACUUCAGACUCCCAGGGAAUGCACCCAUCAUUCCCAUCUCAGUCUGUAUCCUACAGACCUGAACAAAGUAGGUCUACAUUUCACCAGGUUACAGAGGGAGACAUAGACCUGUGUGUGAACAGACAUAGAGAGGAGAUGAAUGUGCAGCCAAGGGGCCAGGAUGUUCCUUUAACCAGGACUCACAGGGAUGCAUUUCUUUCUCCUGACGUGGAGAAGAUUUACCCAGUGACUUCAGACUGUACAUAUGACAGACAUUUGGAUAGAUACCAAGAUACAAAAAGUAGCAGUAGCUCCUUGGAUUGGUUGGAGGACGUCAAACGGGCUACUGCUGAUCCAACAUUUACACAGGAUUCAUCAUCAGAUUCAUUGAAAUAUGCUGUUGAUACUGACAGAAGGAAAUUGUACAGUGAACAAGAAAGCCACAUUUCACAUCCAAGGCAACAAGAUCAUUUCUUCGCAAAUGAGCAGCCAACUCCUCCCAAGAUCAGUCAGUCUAGAUAUAGUCCUGAAUUUGCUUCUAAAAUCCUUUUAAAGUUUGGAAUUGCAAAAGAAGACUUGGAUUACCUUAUUGCAUAUCCUGAAGAUCAGAUAACUCCUGACAACAUUCCUUUUCUCUUGCGUCAGAUCCGUGCUGAGAAGGCCAAGAGGACUACUCGUGCAGUUGAUUCAGCAAUAUCUAAAGAAUCUAAAAUUUAUCAGCCAACCACAGUGAUAGAUUAUGGACAUUCUAAGAAAUAUGCUGAAGAUCUUGUGGAUGAGACUCUAAAGACCACUUACACUAGAUUUCACAGUGGUACUAGUAUGGUGAUGAUGGACACGACUGUUCGUAACAACAUGAACCAACUCGUGGUAGAAAAUGUGGAAGCUGUCAAAUCUUACCGAACAAGUCAAACUAGUACUGUGACUAUUCCCAACAUUUCUUCCAGUUCUAAGUUGCCCUCUCUGCCUCCACCAAGUCAUGAGCCACUCAAUCGUUUUGGUGCCCAAGCAAUCCAAACUUCCCAAAUUAUCCCAGGCUCCAUCACUCAACCCAAGAAAGAGGCAGAAGGCAGAGUUCACUCAGCUGAAACAUUCAAACAGUCCAACUUUGUGUCUCCUGGUGGUCAGUUGAGUCAAUAUGGCUCCAUGAUGUCUGACAGUAAUUGUGGCAAAGACAUUAAACAUCAGGGUCAGACUCAAGCAACAGGGCCAACGGCUGGUCAACAGAUGAAAGUCCAGCAGACUCAGAAGCCGGAGAUGACCCAGAUGGGACAGACACGACGAUAUCUUACUUUAUUUGACAGGGAACCUGUGUCAUCUGCUUCUCGUGUUGCUCCCGUCGCAAAUACUACAGGUGUCGCUCAACAUCCCUGGUUACGUGCUGCCACUCCAGCAGUUCCCCGGGCUGCACAACAACCCAGUCCAAGUGUUCGGGACACUGUGACAGUGCCACCUACCGUCGAUGUGCCACAGCCUAAAGUCAAGUUGUUCUUUAGAGCAUCAGUGUCGAGUGAUGAUUCUACGGCCGCACCCAAACGAUUUCCACACAGCUGUUUAUUGUGUAAAACAGACUGUUUCAGUCUGAAGGAUUGGCUCAGCCACCAGAAUUCCAGUCAACAUCGGCAGAACAGCAGACUACAUCAGCAAACUCUUACAAAAAUUAUUCACCAGAGCUCACAAAAAAGUGUGUCCACAAUUUCUGAGGAAGGCCACAAUCAGGACAAAAAUAACAGUGUGUCUCUUUCAAGCUCUGCCAUCGCACCGCAUCUUCAGAGUGAUGAAAGCAAGAAUCAGAGCAAAAAAUUGCCACAGAAGUCCAUAUUCAAGCGCAGGUCCAGAUCGCAUUCUUGCUCCCCAAGGAAUGACUCUUCCAGUCAUUCGUGCUCAAAGAGCCAAAAGAAACGAUCUCGAAAAUCACGUUCCAGGAGCCGUGAGAGACGUUCAUCACGAGGAAGAAGUCCUGACACAAGAGGUAGACGAUCACGUUCAAGGAGCCGUGAGAGACGUUCUUCACGAGGAAGAAGUCCUGACACAAGAGGUAGACGAUCACGUUCAAGGAGUCGUGAGAGACGUUCUUCACGAGGAAGAAGUCCUGGCACAAGAGCUAGACGAUCACGUUCAAGGAGUCGGGAGAGACGUUCUUCACGAGGACUAGGUCAUGAAACAAGAGCAAGACGAUCACGUUCAAGGAGUCGUGAGAGACGUUCUUCACGAGGACGAAGUCAUGAAACGAGAGCAAGACGAUCACGUUCAAGAAGCCGUGAGAGAAGGUCACGUAGGUCACGUUCAAGGAGCCAUGAGAGAGGCUCUUUACAAAAAAAUGAGAGAAAAUCCCAACGGUCGCGUUCAAGGAGCUCUGAGGAACAGAGUACAUCUUUUCAAGGGAGCUGUCAUAAGAGAACAUGGCCUCAGAAGAAGAAGAGAUCCGGACAGGAACUGAGCAGUGUAGAGACCCUCGCUAAGAAACUUCUGAAGACAUCAGCUGCCCAAUCGCUGUCAAAUACGUCUGACCUGGAUGAUGUGGUUAAAACUCUGGCUCCAGUUUUACUGGCUGAACUGAGUAAGAUGAAGCCCUCCUCAUCACCUGGCUCCUCUGCUACAGCAGAGAAAAAGAAGGCAACUGCACCGUCCUCAAACAAGGAAGCUGUGAAGAAUGAGACUAAGAAAAGUAACUCGUCAACGACUGAGUGCUCAGAAAAUACACAAUCUGUUCAAACUGAAGCUCAGGACCCUCAAACCUCCAAAGAAUCAGCAAAGCCUGUCAAAGCUUCACCAGACGUCCCUCAAAAGAAGGAAGGAGGAAGCCCCACUGAAGAUGCUGUGGAAUCAAAUCACAAAGCCCAAUAUAUUAGAGGGGGUUACACCGUGUUUCAAACUUUGCCUCCAGUUUUACUGGCUACAGUGAAGCUCUCCUCAUCACCUGGCUCCUCCUGUGCUACAGCAAAGAAAAUAGAGGCAACUGCACAGUCCUCAGACAAGGAAGCUGUGAAGAAUGAGCCUGUGAAAAGUAACUCGUCAAAGACUGAGUGCACAGAAAAUACUGCUUCUGUUCCAACUGAAGUUCAGGACCCUCAAACUUCCAAAGAAUCAGGAAAGCCUGUCAAAGCCUCACCAAACGUCCCUCAAAGAAGGAAGGAGGAAGUCCCACUGACGCUGCUCUGGAAUCAAAUCAAAAGUUCCAUGCCCAAACAGUUUUCAGGUGUGAGUGGAAGCGUGGCGUGUAUCACCAAUUUACCAAAAUACUAUGAAGGCUGCUACACAGAGGAGGACAUUGCCACUAUCCUGAAGCCUUUUGGAUUUGAGCACAAACACAAUACCAUCUAUGUCUUACCUCACUUCUCCAUGGCCUAUUUCGUCAUGUCGUCAGCAACGGACAUGGACAUCCUGAUCGCAUUUUUCAAAGACUGCCCUCUAAUUUUUAAAAACUCUCAACUUGACGUGAACCUUGUGACGCCCACCAUAGACAUGUCACCGGUUUUCAUCCAGUUUGAAACUGCUCAAGAUGCUUGAUCGAUGGGUGUUUGGGCCAACCUCCUAAAGACUGCUCCCAGCUACAAAAUCUUCAGGAUGAAAGUGCCAAAAUCCUCGAGAAAAGAGUAUCUCGAUCCAAAGUUCCCUACAGUUAUGAUCACCGGGUUACCAGAAGGAAACUACAAACACGAGGACAUCGUCAAGUUAUUUUGGCCGUAUUUUACCAAACGGACUCUUCAUACCUUGUACUACAACGUGAUGGUGCUCGCACUACAGAAGAGGGCCUUUAUUUAUUUCCCUGAUUGGUUUACGUGCUGUAAAUUUAUCAACGCGCACAUUGAGAUCCCAUUCCAUUUUCAAAACAGGAAGCUCAAUGUGCACCCAAUCUUAGAGCCCAUGGAUCCUGAUCCCACUGAGCCGUUGUCAAACCCAGAUACCCUGGAGGAGCGUUUGUUGAGUGUGGCAAUCUCAGAGAUGAGACUGGACAUCGUCAUGUGUGUCAUGGAAGUUGUAACAUCUAUCGCACCCGUCGCCAGCUUUCUGCCGUUGGCCAACAGGAUCUGCAUUGAGAUGGCUGAUUCCCACAGCGUAACUCGGGUGUUGAGUCAAUACAAACAAUACAAACCUCCGCCUGGUGUCAUGAACCUGUGUUGUAUGAAGGGCUUAAAACGUCACUUUGAAAGGUACAGUGGUGACAGAAUCCAGCUUCACAACUUACCAACCAUUCAGGAUGAUGAUAACUAUGAAUCUCAACAACGUGAAGAUCUGGAGAAAACCACAGAGGAGGACGCAAAACAUUCUGAUGAAAAGCCAACAGGAGAUGAAGCUGAAAAUGUCAAAGUCUCUUGUUCACUUGAUGACCCAACAGGUGAACAGAUGGAUGACAACGUGCAACAAACAGGACCUCAGAACAGCACAAUGUCACAUGAGGAAUCCCAUCAGAUCUCAGACAGCGUCACUGAAAAAGCCAAAUGUGACCCAAAAGGUGACAGUGAAACAGAACUCGGACCUUCUUCACAAGUGCAAGAUUCUGUUCCUGAAGACCAAAUAACUAUCAGUGAAAAAGACAGUGACCUGGUUAAAGACGAUGAAGUCACAGGAAAGGCACUUUCUGAGGAAAAAGCUGAUGUUGAUACAUCUGACAUUAAUUCCACAACUGAAGAAGCAAACAAGUCUGAGGAUACAACAGAAGAACAGUCCUCACAAGAUCCUGUUACUGAAGACCAAAUAACUGUCAGUCAGAAAGACAGUAACCUAGUUAAAGAUAACAAAGUUACAUCUGAAGAAACAAACGAGUCUGAGGAUACAACAGAAGAACAGUCCUCACAAAAUCCCGUUAUUGAAGAUCAAAUAACCAUCAGUCAAAAAGACAGUAACCUGGUUAAAGAAUAUCAAGUUACAUCUGAAGAAACAGAGUGUGAGGAUACAGCAAAAUCACAAGAUUCCAAAGACAGAAGUUAUGACCAAGAAUCCCCAAAUGAAGAUGGGCAAAAGAGAAAAAGUACCAAGAAAGGUGGAGCAACUCUCAGAAGUGAGGAUGCACCAGAGAAGGGGAACAUCCCCGCGACCAGAGCAGCAUCCAGAUGUGAAGGCAAGUCACCAACCAAACAGGAGAGCGUAAUUAAGAAGUAUGCAACACGUCGAAAUAAGGACACCACUGGUGGAGCUCCAACAACUGACACGGAGCUCGUCAACAUCAGUGAGCAUACUGUGCCGCCUCCAGGUGAAGAUGAACCAGUUCCAGAUACUGUCACCAUAGAAGGUCCUGCAAGAAGGAGAAGUGCAAGAAGAAACAAAGAGGAAAAAUUGACUUUGACUCUCACAGAAGCUUCUAAUAAAAGAGACGGUAAUAAAGAAGGAACGUGUCAGACUGUAGAAUCCAUGAAUGUUCCAACUCGCAAAACCCGAUCUGGCCGUGAACGAACAGAAACGACAGCUAAGACAGAUGCUUCAACUGAGAACGUAAAAACAGUUGAAGAGGACACUCCAGCAACAACAGUACACACUGCCAGUGACUCACAGGAAAGAAACGAAGCAACACCAAAGGAAGGCAAUGAAGUAACUCAGCAAGUCACAGAAACAAAUAGUGACGUCAGCGUACCUGAGAUGGUUAAAGACCAAGGUCCUGCUCAAAUAUCAGACUGUUUGGAGGAUGAAGGAGUCAAAGAUGAUCCACCUGCCCCACGACGCAGGAGAGGAAGACCCAAGAAAAAUGUUAAAACAGCAAGUGAUGUGACUCCUACCGAUGAGAGAAAAGACGACGUGAGUCCAAACUGUGGUGAGCUAACAAAGAUCAGUGACUCCAUCACAGGACCACCCAAAAAUAAAGAGGACGAGGUGGAGACGGUGUGUCAGAUUGACAAAUCCGUAGAAGAUGAUCAUGAAGAGCUCACCAUGACAGAAGAGUCUGACAGGGCACAGGAUGAAUUUCUUAAAAAUGACCAGGACCAAUCAAAUAUCAGUGAAUCAAUCUCAGGAUCAUCCAAAAAUAAAGAACAGGAGGAGUCACUGUGCCAGACUGAGAGUUCCUUACAAGAUGAUCAUAAAGACUUUGCUGUGACAGAAGAGUCUGAUGGGGGGAGGAGGACAGAACAGUCAAACUAUAGAACUGUAGAAGAAGAGGAGUCAACAACUGUGGUGACGUGUGGUAUCACCACCACUGUUGAAGCAUCAGAAGACGUUACAGAGGAAACUCUGUGUCCAAGAUCAGAUUGUUUUGAUGGAAAACAGGGCGAUGAAGAUUCAGACACUGUGGAAGGGAAGAAGGGAAGUAUCCCAGAAAUAAACGACAAGUCCCAAAUGAGUGCCACAACACCUGAUGAGGUUAUGAAACAAACAUCACCCGAUAAUGAAAAAAUGGCAGGAGAAACAGAAGAGGUUGGGAUUCAAGAUGAAGUCGUAGUUGAUCAGCCUGGAGGCUAUGAAGAAGCUCCACCAGCAAGCAAAGAGUGCAGUGAGCUCACCAACCGAAAGAGUCCGGCUUUGGUCACAGAGGAGGAACGGCCACUGCAAACUACACUGGAGCCCCGCCCACUAAACCAGACGGAUAGUUUGGUGGACUCCUUCCACCCAGAGAUGAUGAGUGUGAACUUUGCAGAGGAAGUGGCACCAGAUCAGGAAGAAGUGACGACCAGAGUAAAAGGAAGAACCAAGAAGAGAACCAGACCGACUCCUGUAAAAAAAUCCACCAAGAAGAAAAAAGUGAGCACACAAGAUGAGAGAGAUAUGGAAGAAACAGAACCACCUGGUUCUGAUGGACCAGCUCCUACUUCAACCAGUACUGAAUCCUCACUGGACAAGGACCCAUUGUUGCUGAGUGACACCCAGCAAGAGAUCCAGAAAACUGAUACAAAGGUGGUCAGAGGAAACCAAGCAGAUGUGGAGGCCCCGUUGUCAUUGGAAGGAAAUGCUUCUGUGGAUUUGAGUGACACCCAGCCAGAAACCCAGAAAACUGAGGAAUUGUUGGGAGAAGGAAGCCAAAGCGACCAUGAUGUCUCCUCAUUGGACAGAUGUCCAUCAAUGGUAUGUGGUCACAUCCAGGCAGAUACUGAGAAAAUAAUAGAGGAAGAAGAAGGAAGCCAACCUGACCACAAUGCUCCAUUGACUGAGCAGGAGCUGCAGCUUGAGGAGGCCAAGAACCAGAACCUGGACGGAGAAGAGGAGGAUGGACAAACCAGAAUGGUUAAUGAAGAGGAGCGUUUGAGUCCUGUGACAGUGGAGGAGGCGGCUGAAGAAGAGGAGCCAGUCGCACCAAGAGGUCGAUCCGAAAAUCUACAGAAAGAAAAACGUGAGCGAGAACGAGAAGAAAACACACCAGAUAUCACAGACGUGUCGCCUCCAUCUUUACUCGAUGCUUCGUCUUCAUUGGAGUCAGAUCUCCAGGAGACUGGACCAGUGGUUGAAGAAGUGAGACGAGAGGACCUCAGCGCCUCGUCUUCUUCAACGACACAUCUGUCGGUGCUUCUGAGUGAUGUCCAGGCAGACCGCCAGGAGCUAAAUGCUGAGGUGGAAGACGGAGGUCGACCUGAUGCCUCCUGUGCCAAGCCGGAGCCAGAGAACCAGAAGCUACUGGAGGAGGAAGGAGAAGCAGACACGGUUGUGGAAGCUGUGUGUAAACAGGAGGAGGAGUUUGAACCUGCAGCCAAGCGACCUCGUUCCCGGUCCCCUUGUGAAUUUAAACUGCCACCUUACCAACCCGACAACCCACUGGGCGAGGAGUUCCUUGUUCCUACAUUAGGGCUUUUCUGCAAAGUCUGCUCUGUUUUCUGCAUGAACGAGAGCGCGGCCAUACAAAGUCACUGCAGCAGCCAGACGCACCACAGCAACCUCCAGAUUGAUACACUGGAAAAUGUUGGUAUUCUUGAAAUGUACUUCUGCAUCUACCACACCAGCGGCAAACGGUUAACGGCAUUACCAGAAAGAAAAUCCCUGAAGCUAAGAUCGCGCUUUUAUUGUGAAAACUGCAAAGCUGCCUCUUCAAACACAGAAAUCGCACUCUGUGCAUCAACGCCGUCGACAUUAAUUCCCCAUACCGACCUCCUUCCUUUACCGCUGGAUCCUUUUGAGGUCUUCAGCUUUUUAAACAUUGUGAGGACCAUGGCUCAACCGCUGUAUCACCCCUGUACCUCCAGGAAUAAAAAGCCAACUGAGGGGCAGGAUGGAUUCACGAGGUUACAGGCAGAAGAGAUCCCUCAAGCGGCGUCUCUUCACCUUGGCUCUCAGACUUGCCUCAACUCCACUGGAGCUUCUUCUGGGCUGUCCACCACUGGAGGACUGUUCCAUUCUUUAGUGAAUCAUUUGGUGACCACAUCUGGUGAGACCAGUUCCACAGUUGACAAGGGAACAGACACAUCAGCUAUAGAAGAUGAGAGUCCACAGGUGGGAAAGUGUCUCAACCUCUCCAGCCUAGUCUUAGCUAGUUCCACUACCAGUACAGAUAACAUUGUCAUCGGCAAACAUAGUCCUUGGAGACACUUGUCUGACUGCGUCCUUCAGCUUGUCUAUCACCAUCGCAAACAAGGAAUGGUGUUUGUAUCUAAAGAGGCCAAGCCUUUCAUGCAUUGUCUCCCCUCUGGUUUCCCUGCAACCUGGUCAGAAAGCCACACGGAGAUCUUAUAUUCAUCCCGCUCACCUAGUCCUGAAAACAUCCAUGUUCCUCGUCAUAUGGAGGAGCAAUCCACUAGUCGGAAAUCUAAUAGUCGGUCUCAGUCAAGGAUACAAGCAGUCAGGAGAGACUAUAUCAGAAAAGGAGACGCACAGAUAGCUCUCCGAGGAGGAGGAGCUGUGCCAGUAGCUCUCCGACGAGGAGGAGGAGCUGUGCCAGUAGCUCUCCGAGUAGCUCUCCGACGACGGGGAGACGCCAGAGCAGGUCGCCGGCAAGGGGGAGACGCCGGGGCAGGUCGCUGGCAAGGGGGAGACGCCGGGGCAGGUCGCCGGCAAGGGGGAGAUGCCGGGGCAGGUCGCCGGCAAGGGGGAGACGCCGGGGCAGGUCGCCGGCAAGGGGGAGACGCCCGAGCAGAUCUACAACCUGACGUAGAUGCUGUGGUUGAAACGAUGACUCCUGCCUUGAUGUCAGAGCUAAUCAAAAUGACGGUCUUGUCCUCGUCCUCUUCUUCUCUCCCUGCAAAGAGAAAGAGAUCCUCUUCUAAAGUAAAGAAAAAGAAAUCAACCAAGUCAUCCACAAAACUAAAGUGGAACAGUAAGACGAGUUCCUCCUCGAAGAAGGUUGCUAAAUCCUCACAUCCAGCCCUGGUGAAGCUAAGGUGUGUUCCUGCUUCCCUCACUCAUGAGGAUUUGGUUGCAGCUGUACAGCCCUUUGCCAAAACCAAAUCAGUUCUGUUCUUCCAUUCCAAGCAAGAUGUUCAUCCAAGUUUACGAGUGGCGCAUGUGUAUUUCAACAGGAAAGCAGAUGCUCAGAAACUGAAGCGUAUCAAGAUUCUCACUAUUAAAGGAUAUCAGAUCCCCGUCAGCAAGAAGGUUGAAUGUUUGUCUGUUCCUGAUAACUAUUUUGGCAGCAUGCAGUGCACAGAAAAUACUGCUUCUGUUCCAACUGAAGUUCAGGACCCUCAAACUUCCAAAGAAUCAGGAAAGCCUGUCAAAGCCUCACCAAACGUCCCUCAAAAGAAGGAAGGAGGAAGUCCCACUGACGCUGCUCUGGAAUCAAAUCAAAAAGCUCCUGUGACAGCACCACAGAGAAAACAAAGUGAAGAAAGAAGCAAUGUGAAUGCAAAGUCUGCGGAAAAAAGUAAAAGUGAAAGUGCGGAAUCCGUCGCGUCUGCGCCAGCUGUGAAAAAAUCUCAGUCAUCUACAGCAGAAACUGAACGGGCAAAAACAGUGGACACGAGUCAGAUGCCUGCAACAACCCUGCAGUCUACAGGAAAAACAUUAGAUUUGCACAGUGUCAACAUUUCAUCUUCAGAAUUUUCAGGUGUGAGUGGAAGCGUGGCGUGUAUCACCAAUUUACCAAAAUACUAUGAAGGCUGCUACACAGAGGAGGACAUUGCCACUAUCCUGAAGCCUUUUGGAUUUGAGCACAAACACAAUACCAUCUAUGUCUUACCUCACUUCUCCAUGGCCUAUUUCGUCAUGUCGUCAGCAACGGACAUGGACAUCCUGAUCGCAUUUUUCAAAGACUGCCCUCUAAUUUUUAAAAACUCUCAACUUGACGUGAACCUUGUGACGCCCACCAUAGACAUGUCACCGUUGCAGUUUUAUACAUCAGUGAUAAAGAUGGGCAUGUGUUCCAUGGGUGAUGACGGCGUGAGCACUGUGUAUGUGAUGGACAUUUCCCCCAGUGAAAUUGAGCACCUCUCCGAAGCUGUGCUAAAUCUUGGUUUUGUCGUGAACUUCUCGCCGCUCCUCAAUAAGGUUUUCAUCCAGUUUGAAACUGCUCAAGAUGCUGAUCGGAUGGGUGUUUGGGCCAACCUCCUAAAGACUGCUCCCAGCUACAAAAUCUUCAGGAUGAAAGUGCCAAAAUCCUCGAAAAGAGUAUCUCCCCCAAUACUUCAGAUAAGGCUCUUCCAAAUGAUACCGAAGCCAUUGUGGAGCAACCGUACCACAGUCAACCAGGUUUCCUCCAAGGGUGCCACUGCUCCGUUUUGGAUCACACUCCGAACAAGUCCCUUUCUUAUUCCCGACGGUGUCGCCUUGGUUCAUCUUCCACGUUUUUAUCUUGAAUAUGAUUUUCAUCUUGUUAUUGUUGUUGUUGAGCGAUGCAAUUGUUUACAUAUGUCACUUUCAUUGUUGCUGUUUCAUCUUGCAGAUUUCUGGACAGUUACAAACGAGAAGAAACGCAUUGCGGAUCCAAAGUUCCCUACAGUUAUGAUCACCGGGUUACCAGAAGGAAACUACAAACACGAGGACAUCGUCAAGUUAUUUUGCCGAUUUUACCAACGGACUCUUCAUACCUUGUACUACAACGUGAUGGUGCUCGCACUACAGAAGAGGGCCUUUAUUUAUUUCCCUGAUUGGUUUACGUGCUGUAAAUUUAUCAACGCGCACAUUGAGAUCCCAUUCCAUUUUCAAAACAGGAAGCUCAAUGUGCACCCAAUCUUAGAGCCCAUGGAUCCUGAUCCCACUGAGGAAAUGAUGUACAAGUCUAUGAUGAAAUUGUCCUGCAUUCCGUUGUCAAACCCAGAUACCCUGGAGGAGCGUUUGUUGAGUGCAAUCUCAGAGAUGAGACUGGACAUCGUCAUGUGUGUCAUGGAAGUUGUAACAUCUAUCGCACCCGUCGCCAGCUUUCUGCCGUUGGCCAACAGGAUCUGCAUUGAGAUGGCUGAUUCCCACAGCGUAACUCGGGUGUUGAGUCAAUACAAACAAUACAAACCUCCGCCUGGUGUCAUGAACCUGUGUUGGAGUAAAGUUGGCCCUUUUUAUGAGGGCUUAAAACGUCACUUUGAAAGGUACAGUGGUGACAGAAUCCAGCUUCACAACUUACCAACCAUUCAGGAUGAUGAUAACUAUGAAUCUCAACAACGUGAAGAUCUGGAGAAAACCACAGAGGAGGACGCAAAACAUUCUGAUGAAAAGCCAACAGGAGAUGAAGCUGAAAAUGUCAAAGUCUCUUGUUCACUUGAUGACCCAACAGGUGAACAGAUGGAUGACAACGUGACAGUGAAACAGAACGCGGACCCUUCUUCACAAGUGCAAGAUUCUGUUCCUGAAGACCAAAUAACUAUCAGUGAAAAAGACAGUGACCUGGUUAAAGACGAUGAAGUCACAGGAAAGGCACUUUCUGAGGAAAAAGCUGAUGUUGAUACAUCUGACAUUAAUUCCACAACUGAAGAAGCAAACAAGUCUGAGGAUACAACAGAAGAACAGUCCUCACAAGAUCCUGUUACUGAAGACCAAAUAACUGUCAGUCAGAAAGACAUCAAAAAGACAGUAACCUGGUUAAAGAAGAUCAAGUUACAUCUGAAGAAACAGAGUGUGAGGAUACAGCAAAAUCACAAGAUUCCAAGACAGAAGUAUGACCAAGAAUCCCCAAAUGAAGAUGGGCAAAAGAGAAAAAGUACCAAGAAAGGUGGAGCAACUCUCAGAAGUGAGGAUGCACCAGAGAAGGGGAACAUCCCCGCGACCAGAGCAGCAUCCAGAUGUGAAGGCAAGUCACCAACCAAACAGGAGAGCGUAAUUAAGAAGUAUGCAACACGUCGAAAUAAGGACACCACUGGUGGAGCUCCAACAACUGACACGGAGCUCGUCAACAUCAGUGAGCAUACUGUGCCGCCUCCAGGUGAAGAUGAACCAGUUCCAGAUACUGUCACCAUAGAAGGUCCUGCAAGAAGGAGAAGUGCAAGAAGAAACAAAGAGGAAAAAUUGACUUUGACUCUCACAGAAGCUUCUAAUAAAAGAGACGGUAAUAAAGAAGGAACGUGUCAGACUGUAGAAUCCAUGAAUGUUCCAACUCGCAAAACCCGAUCUGGCCGUGAACGAACAGAAACGACAGCUAAGACAGAUGCUUCAACUGAGAACGAAGGCAAUGAAGUAACUCAGCAAGUCACAGAAACAAAUAGUGACGUCAGCGUACCUGAGAUGGUUAAAGACCAAGGUCCUGCUCAAAUAUCAGACUGUUUGGAGGAUGAAGGAGUCAAAGAUGAUCCACCUGCCCCACGACGCAGGAGAGGAAGACCCAAGAAAAAUGUUAAAGUGAGUAAAACUGACCAGACAAAAUCUAAUAAUGGCAGUGAUCCACCUGAAAAUGUUCAAUUUCUGGAGUCUGUCGAGCCCCAGACAGCAAGUGAUGUGACUCCUACCGAUGAGAGAAAAGACGACGUGAGUCCAAACUGUGGUGAGCUAACAAAGAUCAGUGACUCCAUCACAGGACCACCCAAAAAUAAGAGGACGAGGUGGAGACGGUGUGUCAGAUUGACAAAUCCGGACCAAUCAAAUAUCAGUGAAUCAAUCUCAGGAUCAUCCAAAAAUAAAGAACAGGAGGAGUCACUGUGCCAGACUGAGAGUUCCUUACAAGAUGAUCAUAAAGACUUUGCUGUGACAGAAGAGUCUGAUGGGGGGAGGAGGACAGAACAGUCAAACUAUAGAACUGUAGAAGAAGAGGAGUCAACAACUGUGGUGACACACUGUGGAAGGGAAGAAGGGAAGUAUCCAGAAAUAAACGACAAGUCCCAAAUGAGUGCCACAACACCUGAUGAGGUUAUGAAACAAACAUCACCCGAUAAUGAAAAAAUGGCAGGAGAAACAGAAGAGGUUGGGAUUCAAGAUGAAGUCGUAGUUGAUCAGCCUGGAGGCUAUGAAGAAGCUCCACCAGCAAGCAAAGAGUGCAGUGAGCUCACCAACCGAAAGAGUCCGGCUUUGGUCACAGAGGAGGAACGGCCACUGCAAACUACACUGGAGCCCCGCCCACUAAACCAGACGGAUAGUUUGGUGGACUCCUUCCACCCAGAGAUAUCCAUAACUUCAGAUGAAGUAACAACUGAGGCAGAAAAGGAAGCUGGAAAACACAAACAUGAGGAUGACGACACGGAUGAGAGUGUGAACUUUGCAGAGGAAGUGGCACCAGAUCAGGAAGAAGUGACGACCAGAGUAAAAGGAAGAACCAAGAAGAGAACCAGACCGACUCCUGUAAAAAAAUCCACCAAGAAGAAAAACUCCUACUUCAACAGUACUGAAUCCUCACUGGACAAGGACCCAUUGUUGCUGAGUGACACCCAGCAAGAGAUCCAGAAAACUGAUACAAAGGUGGUCAGAGGAAACCAAGCAGAUGUGGAGGCCCCGUUGUCAUUGGAAGGAAAUGCUUCUGUGGAUUUGAGUGACACCCAGCCAGAAACCCAGAAAACUGAGGAAUUGUUGGGAGAAGGAAGCCAAAGCGACCAUGAUGUCUCCUCAUUGGACAGAUGUCCAUCAAUGGUAUGUGGUCACAUCCAGGCAGAUACUGAGAAAAUAAUAGAGGAAGAAGAAGGAAGCCAACCUGACCACAAUGCUCCAUUGACUGAGCAGGAGCUGCAGCUUGAGGAGGCCAAGAACCAGAACCUGGACGGAGAAGAGGAGGAUGGACAAACCAGAAUGGUUAAUGAAGAGGAGCGUUUGAGUCCUGUGACAGUGGAGGAGGCGGCUGAAGAAGAGGAGCCAGUCGCACCAAGAGGUCGAGUCAAGAAGAGGAGCAGAUUAACUCCUGUCCGAAAAUCUACCAGAAAGAAAAACGUGAGCGAGAAACGAGAAGAAAACACACCAGAUAUCACAGACGUGUCGCCUCCAUCUUUACUCGAUGCUUCGUCUUCAUUGGAGUCAGAUCUCCAGGAGACUGGACCAGUGGUUGAAGAAGUGAGACGAGAGGACCUCAGCGCCUCGUCUUCUUCAACGACACAUCUGUCGGUGCUUCUGAGUGAUGUCCAGGCAGACCGCCAGGAGCUAAAUGCUGAGGUGGAAGACGGAGGUCGACCUGAUGCCUCCUGUGCCAAGCCGGAGCCAGAGAACCAGAAGCUACUGGAGGAGGAAGGAGAAGCAGACACGGUUGUGGAAGCUGUGUGUAAACAGGAGGAGGAGUUUGAACCUGCAGCCAAGCGACCUCGUUCCCGGUCCCCUUGUGAAUUUAAACUGCCACCUUACCAACCCGACAACCCACUGGGCGAGGAGUUCCUUGUUCCUACAUUAGGGCUUUUCUGCAAAGUCUGCUCUGUUUUCUGCAUGAACGAGAGCGCGGCCAUACAAAGUCACUGCAGCAGCCAGACGCACCACAGCAACCUCCAGAAACACUACCAGAACCUUCAGCAGACUGCACCCAAACCUUAGAGCUCUGAUUGAGAAUCAGCUCGUGUUCACUUUCCCGCAGUUUAACUGGAUGACCGCAUCAUUAGAAAAGUAUAAAAAUCAUAGAGAAAACAAAGUCAAGUUGUCUGUCUGUUCCUUUCAGUUUGUUGUGUCUGUAGAAGGAUGACUAUACAACCAGUCAUCAUCAAAUUAAAAAUAAAUAAAUAAAAUGCAGUUCUUA